AUGUACGUUUUGAAUAUCACCGUGAGUGUGAUCCGCGAAGAUGCGGACUCGGAUAUUAUCAACCUACAAGUCGGCGGAGACAUGAACAUCGAGCUUCUCAAAGCGAUCAUCGAAAGCGAAACUGCCAUCCCGCCCGCCGCCCAACAGCUCGUCUACAAUAAUCAACUCCUUCAAAACCCCAACCAAACCUUAGACCAAGUUGGGAUCGGCGAAGGUGACAUGCUAGGUGUCCACGUUGCCCGCCCCCAACAAUCACCAGCACCAGCAACCUCAACAGCCCCCGGGCCUAGCGCCGCACCCCGUCAGAAUCAGAUCGCUCGCCCUCCCGGGAUGCCCGAUCCCGAAACGAUUCGAUUACAUAUACUUGGAGAUCCGCGGGUCCGAGAGGCUGUUCGACGUCAGAAUCCCGAGUUGGCGGAGGCGGCAGAUAACGCGCAACGGUUCCGCGAUGUUUUACUUUCGCAGCAGCAGCGGGAACAACAACAGGAGGCAGAGAAGGAGGCACGUAUCGCGAUGUUGAACUCCGAUCCAUUCAACCCGGAGAAUCAACGUGCUAUCGAGGAAAUUAUACGUCAGAACGCCGUGACUGAGAAUCUACACAAUGCGAUGGAACAUCAUCCCGAAUCCUUCGGUCGAGUGACUAUGCUUUAUAUCCCCGUCGAAGUCAACGGCCACCGUCUCAACGCCUUCGUCGACUCCGGAGCCCAGGUAACCAUCAUGUCGCCCGAUUGUGCAGUUGCAUGCAACAUCAUGCGACUCGUCGACCGACGCUACGGCGGUAUCGCCAAGGGUGUCGGAACCGCCCCAAUUCUAGGCCGCGUGCACUCCGCCCAAAUCAAGAUCGGAGAGAUGUUCCUCCCAUGUUCAUUCACCGUCAUGGAAGGCAAGCAGAUCGACCUGCUUCUAGGACUGGACAUGCUCCGCCGACACCAAGCAUGUAUUGACCUCCAGCGCGGAGCUCUUGUUAUCCAGGACCAGGCGGUGCCGUUUUUGGGUGAGGCAGAUAUUCCAAGACAUCUUACGGAUGAAUUCGAAGACGAGCCUACAGUGAAGGGGUCCGAUGGUGCGGAAAUCGGUGCACGUACUGGGGCAGUGACGCACCAGGCGAGUGGACCUCAAGGUCAGAGCCAGAGUAGUGCUGCCCCUGGUCCUUCCUCGUCGUCACAACAACCCAAGAUCAAUAUUCGACCCGCGAAUCCGGCGUCGCGAUGGCCACAAGACUCCAUUGCUAAGAUUACAGAGCUUGGGUUUAGUCGUGAAGAGGCGGAGCGGGCACUAGAGGCGGCGAAUGGGGAUUUAGAUCGGGCGAUCGGGUUCUUGAUCUAG